UCAAGUUACAAUUUUGGUUUCCAAUUCCAUCCUUUGAGUUGAAAUUAGUUGAAUCAUUUAUAUAAUAAACAAAAGUUUAUUUUGCAGAGUUGCAUACACAAUACUGUUGUGUGUACGGUUUGUAAAUGUAUAACGAAUUAUCAAAUAUAAUAACUCAUCUGUGCAAAUCGUCCUGAUUUCUAAACUUAGUUUAACAUCAUCAUCACAAUCUAACAUUAAAUAUACCUUAAAAGGUAUUCUGCACCUAAUAUGUCAACAGGAAAACUUUGGGGUGAAUUUGAAGACGAUGAGCCCAAUGAGGCAGUACUGCAAAGUGUUAACUUUAAUCCAAUUAUUGAACUUGGGAUGCAAAAUAUUCCGGAAAUUCCCAUCACUGUAAAGUGUUCUCCCGUCGAACUACCGAAACCCAAUCUUAUAACUCACACAAUUCAACUUCAUUCCUAUGCUAGACAAUUAUCAGCUAUUUUAGAGCAAACUGAAAAUGCAGUAUUUGAAGGAGCAAGACUAGAUGCAUUAAGCUUGCCCAAUCCUCCUCCAAUGCCAGAUGUGGAAAUGGAGCAUAUAGCUUCUACUCCAAUAAAUUUUCUUCCUAAAGAGUAUUGUGAUUUUUCACUCGGUAAAGGUCCGGUGAUUUUACCCUUUACUCCUGAAUGUCACAGAAGAGCUUUAAAGCAAUGUGCAGCUAUAAGUAUUGGGCAUGUUGGAGUUGCUACAUGCACCAACACAGCUCUUAAUGCUGUAGCAGAUUCUUUGGAUUUCUAUUUAACAAACCUGUGUAAAUUGAUGAGAACUGUCACUGACAGACAAGCAAGUGGUAUUAAAUCAGGGUUCCCAGACAUCAUUUCAAAAGUAUUAGCAGAUUUAAAUGUUGGAAAUCUUCAUAACUUUUAUGAGAAUCGUGUAGUAAGAUAUCAUCAUAAAAUAAAAAAGAAAUGUGAUCAUUUACGGUCACAGUGUGAAGCGCUAACCAUUGGAGAUGUAGCACCUCAGUUAAAACUUGAAGAAGUCCCAGAGCUGCAUUUCCCUGCCGCCUUAGACAGUGCAUUCACUCCUUCAUUAGAACCUGGUUUUCAAAUGCUACACAGUUUGGAACAAGAGCAGUUACAAGGUCUAGAUUUAUUAGAUACAGUAUCAACUGAAGAUAUUAAAGUUGAGUCUGUGGAAUUCUCACAACCAGAAACAAAAGGGCCUCUGUCUCCUAGUGCUAAGAAAAAGAGAAAAUAAAGUAUUUAUUAAAAUUUGGCAUAUAAUUAACUUAUUUAAGUUAAAAUUAAAACUUGGUAAUUCAGUAUCAACAACACCAGAUGGCAAACCUGGCGCAGGCAUCUACAACCUUAGACUUAUGUCAAAAAUGCAUUGAUUUGACAUAAUACAUUUUAGUAUUGUUAUUAUUGAACAUUUCGUUUGAUGUUCUACUCAUUGUAAA